ACCAGUUCAUACCCACAGCCGGUGAUGUAUAUGCCGCAAAAGAAAAACCCGGACCGUAUGCGUAUUUUUUUUUAUUAAUAUUUUAUAUAGAGAUAAUAUCCUUUUCUUUGAGCUCAAGACAGAAAGUGGCAGCGAGAGGGGUUUUGGUUUUUCAGAUUUCUCAAAUAUAAAUUGAAAUUUCAAGCAACCAAACAACGUGAAAAUAUCCGCCAUGGCUGCUCUACAGUAUCUGGAGUCUCUUAGCAACGCGCAUCCCGAACACGCCGAGUGGUACAAUUCACUCGCAGAUCUGUACCAGAAGAAGCUGUGGCACCAACUCACUCUCAAGCUUGAGCAGUUCGUUGCUUUCGCUGUCGUUCAGGCUGGUGAUACAUUGAUACAACUGUAUCAUAAUUUUAUCUCUGAUUUUGAGACCAAAAUUAAUCUACUCAAGCUUGCACAUUUCGCGGUUAUAGUUUCUAAGCAGUAUAAAGAGAAAAAUGCUGCCAUUAGCUAUCUUGAAGGGGUGAUUGAAAAGCUUCGAGCAACUAGAGAACAACACAUUGAGGAGCCAAUUCUUUACAUUAAGAUGCAAUUAGCUAUCUUCAAGAUUGAACAAGGGGAUCAAAAAGAGUGCAAGCAGCUUCUAGAAGAAGGAAAGAGUACACUAGACAGCAUGACUGAUAUUGAUCCAUCUGUGUAUGCCAAUUAUUAUUGGGUUUCAUCUCAGUACCAUAAAUAUCGUCAAGAAUUUGCUGAGUUCUACAAAAGUGCUCUUCUUUAUCUGGCAUACACAUCUGUGGAAUCACUCUCAGAACCAUUUAAACUGGAUUUGGCAUUUGACCUCUCUCUUUCUGCGCUUUUGGGAGAUAACAUCUACAACUUCGGAGAACUGCUCGCUCAUCCUGUCAUAAAUAGUCUUCUGGGAACACAAGUGGAGUGGCUUUACUAUAUUCUUCAGGCAUUUAACUCUGGUGAUCUAGUUCGCUACCAAGAAUUGUGUCGUGUACAUAAUGCAUCCCUGAGAUCCCAGCCGGCUUUAGUUGAGAAUGAGCGGAAGUUGUUGGAAAAGAUUAACAUUCUUUGCCUGAUGGAAAUCAUCUUUAGCCGUCCUGCUGAAGAUAGAACUAUUCCACUAAGCGUAAUUGCUGAGCGCACAAAACUUUCCAUUGAGGAUGUAGAGCAUCUUCUCAUGAAGAGUCUUUCUGUCCAUCUUAUUGAGGGUAUAAUUGAUCAAGUUGAGGGAACAAUACAUGUGUCUUGGGUGCAGCCGAGAGUUCUGGGGAUUCCACAGAUCAAAUCGUUGCGAGAUCGAUUGGAUAAUUGGCUGGAUAAAGUACACACUGCCUUACUAUCCAUUGAAGCCGAAACACCUGAUCUAGUAGCAUUAUGAUUUUUCUCUUUUUGACUUUUCUCGCCUCUUUUCCCUUCUGUUAGUGAUUGAUUUUCUCUCUGCCCAUUGUAACAAAUUCUUAAUCCAAAAGGGAAAAAAUUCAUAGGCAGCUAAGUGGAGAGACUAGAGUAAGUCACACUAGGGCAGUUGCGCCAACUUUGUUUGCUUCCUUGUCAUAUUGCAGAACCAUAUUUCUAAAAGGAGCAGCGGUUUACCUUUUUCACUUGGAAUUUGUCACUUCUGAGUGGCAUGCCUAGAGAUACAGUGAAUUGAUUGAAAAGGACAAAGAAAUUCUCUACUUAAGUGUGGUUAGUUAAACUAAUUUGUAUUGGGAAAUUUCCUUUGAUACAGAUACUGGUUGCUGUUCAAA